AUGCGCCCCUCGCAAAGUCAGCAGCAGCAGCAGCAGCAGCAGCAUGAGCAGCAGCAGCAGCAGCAGGGAGGCAACCUCCAGUCCCUUUGCAGCGCCCAAAGCGACAGCAGCAGCAACCCAGAAGCAGCAGCAGCAGCAGCAGCAGCAGCAGCAGCAGCAGCUCCACCCCCAGCGCGCCCCCCGCAGCGCCACCGCAGCAGCAGCACCGCAGCAGCAGCAGCAGCAGCAGCAGCAGCAGCAGCAGCAGCAGACCUGGAGAGUGUUUGCAAGCAGCUCUUUGGGAGUUAA